AUGGCAUAUACAUCCUCCCAAGAAGCAUCUCGAAAGCCAAUCGUCCUCCACAUUGGAGAUCCCGUGAAAUGGAAUACAGACCUUUAUGCCAAAUUCUCUGAAGAUUUCACUGUCGUUCGUCCAUCGACAGAAGAACGCCAGAGAGAUGAGUUUAUGAAAGGAUUGAGAGAGAAGAGGUGGGGGAACUUUGCGGCAAUCUUUAGACCCUUUUGGAAUACGGGUGGUGAAAUGGGUCGCUGGGAUAAGGAGCUUAUACCUCUAAUUCCUACGUCCUGUAAGAUUUUUGCAUCUGCUGGUGCUGGCUUUGAUUGGGCUGAUGUAGAUCUUUUGGCUGCGCGAGGAAUUGUAUACUGCAACAGCGCAGCAGCUUCCGCUGAAUCCGUGGCAGAUUUUGCCCUCUUCCUCAUAUUGGCGACCUUCAGAAACCUGACCUGGUGCACAACAGCGGCCCGCUCCUCCGCAGCAGAAUUCAAAGAUUGCCAUACUAACGCGGCUGCCGUCUCCCACAACCCGAGGGGGCACACACUUGGAAUAAUAGGCUUUGGGAACAUCGGGUUCAGAAUCGCGCAGAAAGCCUACCGAGCCUUCGGCAUGAAGAUCAAGUACUACGAUGUGGUACGCAAACCCGCGGCGCAAGAAGCCGAAGUCGAAGCCGAGUUCUUCUCCAGUCUCGAUGCCAUGCUUGCUAUCAGCGAUUGCGUAGUCCUCGCCACGCCCGCAUCCCCAGAUGGGAAGAAGCUCAUCGUCAAAGAGCGACUGCGGAAUAUAAAAUGGGGUAGUCGGUUUGUGAAUAUUGCUCGCGGAAGCUUGGUCGACGAUGAGGCUGUCGCUGAUGCGGUUGAGGAGGGGAGACUCGUCGGUGUCGGACUCGAUGUGCAUGAUCUUGAGCCGAAUGUUAAUGAGCGGUUGAAGCGGCUCAGGGAAGUGACACUUACGUCACACAAUGCUGGCGGGACUCUUCAAACGCAUAUAGGGUUUGAAGAGCUGUCGAUGAGAAAUAUAGAUGCGGUUUUGAAAGGGAGAGAGCCUUUGACGCCCGUCAAUAAACAUUUGUUGGUGACUCCGGUAAAGCACACCCUAUGAGGAUAUAUGUUAC